CGGAAAUGGAUUGAAGACGAUUCAGCGCCUUUGCCCAAGCUGAAUAAGAGGAAAUCUAUACGAUUCGAUGAUAGCAAAGGGGACCCGAGCCGGAAAGAGAACGAGAACCAGGACGCAGACGACGCAGACGGCGGUGCUGAGCAAAUGAUUGUGGAAGAGCCAGAGGCAGACGAGGACGGUUCGAAUCCGUACGAGCAGCACUUUGGAGGUAAACCUGUAGCCUUGUCCGACAAUGCAAGAGAAGCUGUGGAUAGGCGAGCCUGGCGAGCGUCGAAGGAGAAGCUUAGUAGCCUCGGUCCGGCAGUCGUGGAAGGGCCGGAGGGCCCAGAUAACAGAGGCGGUCUGAAUAUCGGACGAGUGCAUGUUCUUGACAGGUUACGAGGUCCGUUCGACAAGCGGCAGGAGAAACUGCCGAAAGAACGUAGAGAGCUGCAAACCGACUUCCUCUCCUUGCUGUCAACUCAUAAGGACGUCUAUAUCACCCGGACAUCCCUAGAAACGCAACCCAGUCUUAGAGAAGCGACGACACUUCACGUCCUAGACCACAUCGUGCGAAAGCGUCGCCGCAUCCUGAAGAACAACGAACGCCUGACUCAUGCCUCAAAAUCCGGGCAGCCCCCGCCUGAAGACAUCCAGGACCAAGGUUUUACGCGACCAUCCGUCCUCAUCCUCCUCCCCUUCCGUAACUCCUGCAUGAACUGGGUAAAUGCGCUCACCGCGCACACACCCAAGCCGGACUGGCAGAUCGACCUGUACUCACGGUUUGCAAGCGAAUAUGGGUUGCCCGAGGGCGUCGUCGACAAGCUCGCUAGUGCAGAGCCAGGCGCGUACCCGCGCGACCAUGUAGAGACGUUCAAGGGCAAUGUGGAUGACAGCUUUAGGCUGGGGAUCAAGAUCACAAGAAGGAAUCUGAAGUUAUAUUCGGAGUUUUACGGGUCGGAUAUUAUAUUGGCUAGCCCGCUGGGGUUGAGGAUGGUGAUCGAGAAGGAGAAGAGCAGCGAUUUUCUAUCGUCGAUCGAGAUCUUGAUCGUGGACCAAAUGGAUGCUUUGACAAUGCAGAACUGGGAGCAUGUCCAGUUUGUCUUGUCUCAUCUGAAUAAACUCCCGAAAGAGUCCCAUGACGCCGACUUCUCCCGUAUCAAGCCUUGGUACCUCGAUGGCCAUGCGGUGUAUCUCCGUCAGACCAUCCUUUUUACCCCGUACGAGACGCCUGAGACCCGUGCUGUCUAUAACACCCAGCUGAAGAAUGUCGCUGGGAGAAUCAGAACCGAGCGCCGCUGGCCUCCGAUUGUCGUGCCCGAGGGUAUAGAUUCCACCUUCGUUCGCUUCGAUUGCUCUGGUCCCAAAGACGAGCCUGACAAGCGGUUCACCUAUUUCACCACGCAACUUCUCCCCGCCACCCUGAAAUCAGCCAUGCAGAGUGCCAACACGGUCAUCUUCAUUCCUUCCUCAUUUGACUUUAUCCGCGUGCACAAUUACUUCAGGAAACGGGAGGAUAUCUCGUUCACUGUCCUUUCAGAAUACUCCUCGAACCAAGACAUCUCGCGGGCGCGGCAAGCGUUCUUCACAGGCAAAAAGUCUUUUCUGCUCAUCUCGGAGCGAUUCCAUUUCUUCCGGAGAUACAAAAUUCGUGGCAUACGCAACCUCAUCUUCUAUGCUCCUCCCGACCACCCGCAAUUCUACACCGAAUUCCUGUCGUACCCGUUCCUGGACGACGGGGUCGAUGCCUCGGACGUGAGCUGCCGGGUCUUGUAUAGCAAGUACGACUGGUUCCGCCUGGGAAGGAUCGCGGGGACUGAGGCAGCUGUGGAGCUGAUCAAAAGGGACUAG